CUCCGACUUUAGCUCUACAUUUUCUGGCACCAGGUUUUGUGUUAGGUACAUAUCCUCUCCUUGAGAAAGGAAAAAAGUUUUCGCCAGUUGCUUGCUUACUACGUUGCUCCAAAGGUGAAGCGAACUCAUGCUCAGUUUAAAGUUAGACAAUGGAGGUUUGGUAGAAAGUGGUGCUUUCAAGAAUUGGAUAGUACUGGUGUUGCAAAAAUUAGUAAUCGCUGUCACAUCUCAAAGCAGAAGAAUGCAGAAAAAUGUGUUUUUAGAAGAUAGUUUAUCACAGUUGUGAAACACUGAAAUCCCAUUCAAUGGGUGGAUUACAGAUUUCUCAAAGUAGUCUCGCACUGCAUUGCUUAGAAUGCACCCCUCUUCAAAAGGAUGCAUCUGGAUUGCUGAAACUGAUGGUAGUCCCGCGCAAAUGUAUGGCCAAUAUAAGGAGGAUUUAGAAGCAUAUGCAAAAGCAGAGGCAAGAAGAUUAAAGGCUUUACAAAAAUUACGAAAGAAGGAAGAAACUAUAAGAAAGAAGGAAUUGAAAACAUAUCGUAGUGCUUCCCAAAGGCGUAUUGCAGGGUAUUUCACAGCAUUUUGGCAACACACAUUUGCUAAAUUAGGAGAAGACUGGGUUUUCCUGGCAGUGUUGGGCAUUCUCACAUCCUUGAUAAGUUUCGGCAUGGAUUAUGCCAUUGCAAUUUGCCUGAGAACUCGUAUAUGGCUUUAUCGUGAUUUAGCAAGACACCCUGUGCUGCAGUACAUGGCAUGGAUUGCAUUUCCUUUAACAUUAAUCUUGUUUUCUUCGGGUUUUGUGCAUAUAAUAGCACCACAAGCUAUAGGUUCAGGCAUUCCAGAAAUGAAAACAGUUCUCAGAGGUGUAGUACUGAAAGAAUAUUUGACAUUCAGAACUCUAGUUUCUAAAGUUGUGGGCCUUACAUGUUCAUUAGGAAGUGGAUUGCCAAUUGGAAAAGAAGGUCCUUUCGUACAUGUGGCUAGCAUAGUAGCAACACUUCUAAGUAAAUUAGUAACAUCAUUUAAAGGAAUAUAUGAGAAUGAAUCCAGAACAAGUGAAAUGCUUGCUGCUGCUUGUGCUGUUGGCGUUGCCUGCAGUUUUGCUGCUCCUAUUGGUGGCGUACUUUUUAGCAUAGAAGUCACAUCAGUUUUCUUUGCUGUGAGAAAUUAUUACAGAGGAUUUUUUGCAGCUUGUUGUGGCGCAAUGGUCUGGCGAUUGCUUGCUGUUUGGUUCAAAGAUGAAGAAACCAUUACGGCUUUAUUCAAGACAAAUUUUUCAGUUGAUUUUCCAUUUGAUCCUCAAGAGCUUCUUGCAUUUGCAUUGAUUGGUGCUUUUUGUGGAUUUGCUGGUGCUCUUUUUGUUUGGCUGCACAGGCAAAUUGUGUACUUCAAUCGAAGGCACAAGAAAAUGAAUUCCUUUCUACAGCGAAAUCGUUUUAUGUAUCCUGCUGUCAUUACAAUUGUUAUAUCUAGCUUGACUUUUCCUUUAGGAUUAGGACAAUUUAUGGCUGCAGAACUUACAAAUCAUGAAGUGAUGAAUGAAUUGUUUAGUAAUAUUACCUGGUCCGGGACUGACCUGGAGGUGGAUGAUAAAAUCAUCGUCAGCCAUUGGAUAACACCUUAUACAAAUAUAUACAUUAAUCUUGCGAUAUUUAUUGUUAUGAAUUUUGUUACAACUACUGUAUGUGCUACCCUACCAGUUCCUGCUGGUGUUUUCAUUCCCGUCUUCCGCAUUGGUGCUGCGUUUGGGCGUUUAGUUGGAGAAUGCAUGGCGGCUUGGUUUCCUGAGGGCAUACGUAUGGGUGAUAACAUUUUCAAAAUUUUGCCUGGAGGCUAUGCAGUCGUAGGAGCUGCUGCUUUGUCAGGAAGUGCAACUCACACAGUGUCCACAUCUGUCAUUGUAUUUGAGUUAACUGGGCAGAUGUCUCAUAUUUUGCCAGUGAUAAUAGCUGUAUUAAUUGCAAAUGCUGUUGCUCAAUCACUUCAGCCAUCCAUAUAUGAUAGCAUUAUUCAAAUAAAAAAACUUCCAUAUUUACCUUCUAUCAUAUCCACAUCAUCACAAGCUCACAAUGUAUAUGUCGAAGACAUAAUGGUUAGAGAUAUUGUAUACAUAUGGGAAGGAGCAACAUAUCGAGAAAUUAAGUCUAUACUUAAAAGUAAUAAGAGGCUUCAGUCAUUUCCUUUGGUGGAAUCAUCAGAGUCUAUGAUACUUUUGGGAUCAGUGCAACGAAUGGAAUUGAUGCGUUUAUUAGAAAGGCACCUUGGACGUGAACGUAGACUUGAAGAAGUCGCUAGACGAAAAUCUGUAGACGAAGGUACUUAUAAAGCAGCACAAGAGCAACAGAGGAGGAUGUCAAGAUUUGAAGUUAUUCCAGUUGCUGGUCUUGCUCGUCCUUCUUCUAGAGGAUCGCCUCCACCAUCUCCAACAAUGACACCAACAUCCCCUAAAAAGAGCAUAUUGAAGCAUUCUCCUUUACAUUCCCCUUAUUCAACAAUUACAUCGAGCAUUGCUCAUGAUUCCAGACUUCGGGCUGCAUUUGAGGCUAUAUUUAGAAAAGCUCUGACUUUACAAGAUGCUAAUCCAAGUGAAAAGUCUGACAGUGGGCCUCCUACUCCGAAUGUCCCCAAAAGAGUGAAGUUGCCCAAGGAAAGAGUAAUUGAUAUGUCAGAAGAAGAACAACAAGCUUGGGAGGAAGAUCAGCUGAAUGCUCCCGUAGAUUUUAGCAAAUGUCACAUUGAUCCAGCUCCCUUUCAGUUAGUUGAACGUACUUCGUUAAUAAAGGUACAUUCCUUGUUUUCAAUGCUUGGUCUUAAUCAUGCUUAUGUAACAGCUAUAGGAAGAUUAGUUGGAGUUGUAGCUUUGAAAGAGUUGAGAAAAGCAAUUGAGAAUAUGCAGGGAGGAAAUUUUGUUAGAAACCCACCUCCAAACUUUGAAACCACAAGUAUCCUUAAUAAUUCAUAUAUGACAUCAGAAUAUCCUUCAGAACCACCUUCUGAAGCUCCAUCUGAAGCUCCUUCUGAAGUAGAAACUCCUUCAGAAUCUGAAGAACAAGAAAGAAAUAGAUUUGUAUUUAACUUUAGAAAUAUUCGAAGGACUAGUCAGACUUCACCUGUUUGAAGACUGAAGCCGCAGUUUUGCGUACAUUUUACUUUUAUAUGGCAUAUGAAAGCGAAACACUUUAUACAUGAUUCUCUACAUCAUGUAAAGUAGUCUUUCAGAAUUUUGCACAAAGUGUAAGUUAACUUUUUUAAAUGAACAGCUUAAUCAUUGCAUUAGUAGUCUUUUGUAUCAGAAGAUUUAUUUAUAUAUUGUGUAAAAUAAUAAAAAUGUAUUUUCAUGUA